AUGAAUGAGCAUCAAAUGCGCCACAAAAAACAAAUUUUGACUAGCAACUGUCAAUAUACAAUUUUGAGUCUCCCUUUUACGGAUUCCUUGAAAUCAGCUGCAGCAUCUAAUUUACAACAGCAACAACAAGCAAUGGAACGUUUACGUUUAGCCAAUAUAAUGAAUCAAGAAAUGCAUGCUUUAUGGCCUUAUGGUACCGCCACUUUUCUUUCACCCAUGUUGCCAGCCCACAACAUGCCACUACCUUAUGCUCUAGCCGGCACUCUGCCUUAUGCCGCAGUGCCCAUUUAUCAAAGCUUACCUUCAAAUGCUCAGCCCUGCACGGUUUCGCCUGCUUCAUCAUCUUCCAGUGGUUCUUCUUCUGCUAACACUACAACAGCUAAUCAGCAACAACAAAAUCCCAUCGCUCAACAACAGUGUUUGCGUUCAAACAACUCUAGUGGUAGCACCAAUCAGAAUUCUCUUAACGACUCCAAUAAGAUAAAUAUACAAAUUGGUCUGCAAUGCGUUUCACAAAAUACUCCGCUUAAUAUUAAUUCUAUGAAUGAUACGUUUUCCAAAGUUAAUUUGUUAAACUUUUGUAAUCCCACGGCUCAAAUGAUAGACAAGGAUUGUAAAGAAUCAAACACCUCACUGCGGAAUUCUCCUGUUCUUUUAUCGUCUGACGAUAGUUCCGCUGUCAUUAACAAUGGUGCCGGUGGUGAUGCCACAAAUUCCCUAUCACCAGGCAGCAGCAAUGGUACAAUCACCUUGUCGCAGGCGAAAUUUAAUGAACUCACCCGUUUAGCAUUGCGUGGCAGUGAAAUAGCCGAAAAAUUGGCAUAUACCCAUCGCAAUCGCCCGUGUUUCAAGAAAAUUGAUAGUCUCUGUGCACGCAUGAAACAGGAUCUAAUUCGUCCCGAUGGAGUUUUACCCAACAUCAACUCACAGGGUAUAGCCUGGGCCGUUAAAGAUUUUAUAUUCGUUUUUACGCGUGUCAUCAAUGCUUGGAUAAUAAUCAAGGGUUAUGUUUACAACACCCCGGAGGGUUUGAAUAAAGUAAAAUCUGCAUUAAGUCCAGAUUUUGCAGCAAGUUUUGCUGCUUGGCAAGAUACUACCAUGGAUUUUAUAGAAAAUCUUAUCAAAUCCUUUGUAAAUUUGGAUAAUCUAGUGCAAUCCCAAAAGAAUGUGUAUCAAAAGUCUGAUAAUACGGCAGGAACAGCAGCUUCUAGUCGCAAUGGCCUUAAUAACAACAUAAACAAUACGCCUAUUAAAAUAUUGCAACCGGGCAAUCCGCUGCUUGAGGAAUCAUUCGAUUUUUUAAAUUCUGCUACAGAAAAAUGUACUCAAAACGCUUUAAAUAAAAAUUAUAUUUAUACCAUGGUUGAAGACUCUGAAGGCAGUCAACGUCAGGCUACUGAAAAUGGCACUUAUUUCAAAACCGGCACUUAUAAUCCUAUCAAAAAGGAUACUACUCUUCUGCCAGGAGAAACUUGUACUCCGCCCACUCCCGCUAGCCAUUUGUUUGCCACACCACCUACAGCAAACACUGCAUUGGAACAAUAUAUCGAUGAACAUCUCAAUGAAUUUUGGACUCCAGCCAUGGAUAUUGAGCUAACAGACAGUGCUAAUCCUGCUGCCACUACAGAUUUCAUAAAACUCAAGCAGAACCUUACAUCCAAUUGGUUAAAUUAUGAUUUACGUGUUUUGGUGCAGCAUCUUAGUGAAUUUGCUACGGAUUAUGAUCCCAAUGGGCCACCUCGACCCUUGGGCAAGGAUCUAAUUGAUAAUCUCAACAUAAUGAUGGAGCGUUUGAAUGCCAUGAAAACUGCAGAUUUCUUUUUUAAGAUACAAUUUACCGAAAACUACUUCCCUGAUUUCGUGGCCAAACAUAAAGCAGAUUUUAUGGAUGUCCGUUCCAUUAUUUUCAAAUGCCAAAUCGGUGGUUAUCAACAUAUUUACGAAGUGGUUCAUGAUGUUAGGAAAAUCAUGUUUAUUGCUAAAGAGUUUUUAGAGAUAAAUAACGAUAUUAAUUUGCAAAAAUCAAUAAUGGCCUUUGAAAUUGAAUUUAAUAAAUUAUUAAGUGAACCGCCUUUUGAAAAUUUACAAUUCGAUCAUAUUAAAGGUGAUCCCAAAGAAUUAAUUUACAAUUGCACCAAUAAGUAGUUGGUAAAAAUAGUUUAAUAACAAUACUAAUAAGAAAAUUUAUAAGAAAUCCUAUAAUUUUUAUUAAUUUUAAUUUUUUUUGUAUCUAACUAUUGUUGUUAAUUUGUUGUUUUAUAAAUUUCUAA